CAUCACUGGCAUACAGAUACUCUUGCCAUACGCUUGCUAACUCGCAUCUCGUAGCAUUGACAUGCUCGCGUCCAGAUUAGUGUUCACGGAUCAGGCGUAUGCAUCCUCCUCUCGAAGUCAGACAUCCAGAAGUGGCCCCAGACAAUUUACCUCAAAUACCAAUAAGGGAUUAUAUUCUGUAGCGCCAAACGAGCAAAUAAUUGAGGCCCACCGAAGUGGAAAUAACAUUAGCCAGACAAGCUCACAGGAGCGCAUCCUUGAAUCUCGGGUAUCCCAAAGGACGCCCUCGGAGAUCGAGCUUGAGGACAUACACGGCAAGCGAGGUAUUAGCAAGACGGUUAAUUUUGGGGUGUACGAAUCCUAUGAUUUACCAAAAUGAGAAAAAGGAAACUAGAAAAUACAUCAAGUCUAGGCGUCAAGCUUCUCGUCGCGAAAUUAAGUUAGUGUAAUGCCAAG